CUGUGGAUACUGCUUUCGACAAGUAUUUUCAUUUUGACGUUACAUUUCUGUUUAAUUUUUACAAUUAUUUACAUUUAUUUUUAUAAAAUACAUCAAUGUACCAUUUUUAAUCAUACACUUUUUAAGAUUUAGUCUUAAAAAGUUCGAUAAGAGUUUAAAGUGUGCAAGUUACAUCCUCAUAAUACUAAACAAAGUUCGGAGAUUUUAAUGAACUGCUUACGUGUGUAUAAGUAUAUGUGUAAAUGCAAAUAACAAUGCAAUAAAACUUCAUAAUAGCAUACAACGGUUCAUACAACAUAGUUAUGAAUAAGAAACCAGGGAGAACCGGGCCAAGGAUCCGUAUCACGCGCCCAGCGCUACGAAGGAAACCAGAGGAAUCGUUGCAGCAAAACCUGGAUAAUCCGAACUACAUCUACACCUGUCCAUAUUGUUGCGUUAAAUUCACACAAAACAGCCACUUCUUCCGCCACAUGACGUCCAAUCACCAGCUGCAGCAGAGGCAAGCGGUCUUCGAAUGCAACGAUUGCCAUGUUAUAUUCAUAAAGAAGAGCAGUCUGGAUAUACACUGUCAGACCCACCAUCAGGUUAAAAGUAAGUCGAGAUGCGAGUCUUGCGCGAUUACGUUCAGAUCGCGUUAUUGCUUACGUCGCCAUUUGAAAUUGAAACAAAUACUGGCUGAAAACUCGUGCGUGAAGUGCCAGAAAAAAUUCACGAGCAAGGAAAGACUUAGCAAACAUUAUAACAACAAACACACAUAUAAACAUGUCACGUUCGAGUGUGACUUCUGUCCGUUGAAGUUUAAGGCGAAGCAAUCAUUGAUGAGCCAUUUAAAUAGAAUCCAUAAUAAGUUAUGAUUUUAACAAGUACUCAGUUAACUUGUUUUAAAGUCUAUAAAGAUGUCCGACAACUAAAAAUGUUUCCAUAUCUUUUGGCAUAUUUAUUAUUCUACUACUGAAAGAAGCACCUCCCCUUUCUAACACUCAUAAAUUUAAUUUCAAGUACUUUCUACUUUUUAUUUAUUUCUCAUAGGAAUACUUUCUCUAAAUUCUUCUAAGAUAUUUUUCUAUGUAAGUGUCUGGUGUGCUUUAUUUUAAAUUAAUGAAUUUUAAUUAUAUUAAAAGUAUAUAAUUAUGUUCAGAUUCAUAAAUAUUAUAUAACAGUUUAUAAAUGACCAAGGAUAAAAUAUCUUCAGUAUUUCAUGGGUUACUUCUGAAUGUAUAGAUUAUGCAGUCAAUUAAUAGGUUAAUGACAUGAACAAAUCAUGAAACUGACCCUUAUGUAAAUUAACAAUUAUAUAAUAUUUAUGAAUAAAAAAUGUAUUUAAAAGUUGGAGAUUAUUAGUUCUAAGUGGUAAAUGUAGACAUAGCUAGAAAACAGAGGUUGUCAUUGUAUUUAGUAUAUAAAAGUGGCGUCCCAUGUCCCCUAAUGGGGUACGAGGCAGAUGAUAUACAUCUGUUUUAUUGAUCGAUUUUCUUUAUGGACAAGUAGGUGAUCAGCCUUCUCUGUCCUGCCAGACCGAGGCAUUUUUUGUGCGUCUCCAACGGUAUCAAACCCAGGAUCCCUCGGUUCUAUACUCAUGUGUUAACCACUAUACCAAGGAGGCGGUCAAUUUAGUAUAUACCUAAAUAUUUAUUACAGAUAGUAUCAUUAAGAAUACUAUUAAAUAAGGUUUAACAUAAAGAAGGAAAUUGAGUUUUAAUAAAAUUUGUUCAUUAAUGCAUAAUAACUGUUACUAUUGGAAGGAUAGCGAUCAACUGAGUUUGGUCCUUCCGGUCCAUUUCAUUCAUGAAACAUUCUCCCUAACUACAUACAUUAUGUUUUAUAUACAUAUUAGAUUUUAGAUUUUAAA